GACCGCCUACACCGAGGGGGGACGCGUCGUAAACUUUCCAGAUUUUUUCAACGCUCCUCGGCGUGACGUUGUCUCCACUUGCAAGCAGAGCGGGAGAACACGCCCUGCCCUCCCUCUCUCCCUCUCUCCCUCUCUCUGUAUCCCAUAUGAUGAGUAGGAGGCCGUCUGGCUGCUGUAGUCUGCAGUGACAGGCAGGCAGGCAGGCAGGCAGGCAGGGCAGAGCCGGUGGGUCUGACGGUGGAAGUGUCCCAGCAGCAGGAGCCCAGGGGCGGCCGGUGGGAGGAGGCAGAGAGUCCGCAGCUGCCGCGCAGCCUCUUUGACAGCCGCAAGAGCAGAGAGCAGCGUGCACCAGCGCAUGAGAGAGAAGCCGUCUGGUGAAGGCCAGGACCUUGACAAGUUGGGAAAGCAGACAGCAGACAGACAAAGCAGACUGACUAGUGUGUGCGGUGACAUAGUGGGCAGCAGCAUGGCAUCGAUAGCAGACUACUACGCUGGCAAGAGCGUGCUGAUCACGGGAGCCACAGGCUUCAUGGGCAAGGUGCUGGUGGAGAAGCUGCUGAGGUCCUGCCCUGAGGUCAAAGCCCUCUACAUCCUGGUCAGACCCAAAGCUGGCCAGUCCAUGCAGCAGAGGGUCAGCGACAUGAUGAAGUGCAAGCUGUUUGACCGAGUGCGGGAGGACAACCCUGACUUCCACCAGAAGAUCAUCCCCAUCAGCAGUGAGCUGACGCAGCCCGGCCUGGCCAUCAGCCCGGAGGACGUAGAGAAGCUCACUGCCUGCAUCAACAUAGUCUUCCAUUGCGCCGCCACCAUCCGCUUCGACGAGCCGCUCAAACAUGCCCUGCAGCUGAAUGUGAUUGCCACGCAGCAGCUCCUCAGCCUGGCCCAGCAGAUGCACCACCUCGAGGCCUUCAUCCACAUUUCCACCGCCUAUGCAAACUGCAACCGCAGGCACAUAGACGAGGUCAUCUAUCCACCGCCCGUCGAGCCCAAGAAACUCAUUGAAUCUCUUGAGUGGAUGGAUGACGGCAUUGUGCGCGACAUCACACCACGGCUUAUCAGUGACAGGCCCAACACCUACACCUACACCAAAGCCCUGGCCGAGUGCGUUGUGCAGCAGGAGCAAGGCAAGCUCAACAUCGGCAUCAUCAGGCCUUCCAUAGUGGGAGCCAGCUGGCAGGAGCCCUUCCCUGGUUGGAUCGACAACUUCAAUGGACCAAGUGGGGUCUUUAUAGCUGCUGGCAAGGGCAUCUUGCGCACCAUGAGGGCCAACAACGAUGCGGUGGCCGACCUGAUCCCUGUGGAUGUGGUCAUCAACCUUACCCUGGCUGCUGGCUGGUACACUGCAGUGCACAGACCUAAAUCAGUCCUGGUGUACAACUGCACGACUGGCGGCAUCAACCCCUUCCACUGGGGAGAGAUUGAGCACCAUGUGAUGUCGACUUUCAAGAGGAACCCUCUAGAGCAGGCCUUCCGCAGACCCAAUGCCAACAUCACCUCCAACUACCUGAUAAAUCAGUACUGGAUCCUGGUCAGCCACAAGUUCCCUGCCCUCAUCUACGACCUCUACCUGCGGCUCUCUGGACAGAAGCCACAGAUGAUGCGUAUCUUUAACCGUCUGCACAAGGCCAUCGGUCUGCUGGAGUAUUUCAGCAGCCAGGACUGGGAGUGGAACUCUGAGAAUAUGAGCAUGUUGAUGAGCCAGCUCACCCCUGAGGACAGGAAGACAUUCAACUUUGAUGUGCGCCAGCUGAACUGGCCAGAGUACAUUGAGAAUUACUGCAUUGGCACCAAGAAGUACGUCCUGAAUGAAGACAUGUCUGACAUUCCUGCUGCCAGGCAGCACCUGAGGAAGCUGAGAAACAUCCGCUACACCUUCAACACACUGCUGCUGGUCUUCAUCUGGAGGGUGUUCAUCGCCCGUUCCCAGAUGGCCAGAAACAUCUGGUACUUUGUGGUCAGCCUCUGCUUCAAGUUCCUCUCCUACUUCCGAGCCUCCAGCACCUUGACCAACUGAGUCCUCACCGCCUCAAGCCCUCAGCCGUCAAGCACGGCACAACAUCAGACUCUGAUUGUCCACAAAGGGACACAUGCAGAUCCUCCUUUACUCUGGACAAGCAGGGUUCACUUACAGGUGGGCGUUGCAGCGGGGUGAGACUCUUGGAAGGGAGAACGAGGUCUACUAGCCAUGAAGUGUAUUUGUUUAGUUUGGAAAUCUCUCGUCCGAACUUGCAUUGUCCAGUCACCAACUCCAUAACAACAAAUUACGUCCACAUCUAAAUGUCCUCAUUCCUUUUAUACCUUCUGUUGUCUUCUCAAAGUGGCCGAUUAUAUAUGCAACAACAAGCCUUUCAUGUAUCGUGUUUGUGUUUUUUUUGUUUGUUUGUUUGUUUGUUUUUCCUGCUCACAGUUUCCAUUUUCUCGAAUCCUGGUACAUUGCCUUGGAAAUCGUGAUUUUUUUGUUUUGCAUACUUGAAAUAUCUCAGUGCUUCAUUGGAAGAUAUUUUUUGACUUCGCAGAUAUCCAUGUCCUCUCUUUAAUCCAUAGGUCAUUUGGAUAUCAGUAUGUCUUUGCAUUAUAUUAUAUGUACUGCCUGUUGAAGAUGACACAAACUUGGCUUUCUGCUUCAAGGCCAGUAUCAAAUGUGAUUUAGAGUACUUGGCUAUUGUUAGAACUUAAUUUUGACCACAAAAAACAACGGUAUUACCAGAAAUAAUCCGACCAUACAGAUCUACCACCUUUCCUACUGUUGAGGUUCUCAUUGAGCUACUAUCACAAAAGAUAUAUCAGUAUGUCUUUGAACAUAAACCUCGUUUGUUUUAAUGUUCAUCCACUUUUUGCCUGUUUGUACAGCAGUUUGUACUGAAACUAAGUUUACUACUUUUACAUCUUUAUAAAUAUUUACGUCAAAGGCUAGUCUGAUGUACGUGGUAGACCUUGGCAGUGUAUUAUAUAUAUAUAUAAAUAAGAAUACAUCCGUUUGGAAGAUCUGUAAAUAGGUGAACUUAUAUAUUAUUCUUAUAGACUACCAAAAAAAAAAUUGUAUUUGACUGUUGAUUUUGCUUGGUGAGUGUCUUCACAGGAUUCCACCACAGAGCUUCCCAUAGAUCUACCAAAAGUGUUGUGUGACAGGCAAGUCUGAUUUUUACUAAACAAAUAAGACAUCUGUGUACAGUAUUGUAUAUGUUACAAGUCUUGACUCUUUAACAGAAUACAAAUACAUACAACAAUGAGCCUUUAUGGGAGAAAAAGGGACAAAAGUAAAUGUGUUUAUAUGCAAAGUCUAUUAUCUGUGGUGUGACCGUGGUGACUGUCCUCUCAAUUUCAGAAAGGGGCAAUGAACCAAAAUGUCUGCAGCUGUUAGGCCUGUACGAUGAAGUGGUUUCAGCAUAAUUGUUCUUACAGAGCUACAGGGCUAUUGUAAUGGUGUCCUUGUUAUGGAGUUUGCUCGUGUGUGUGUGUGCGUGCGUGUGUGUCCGUUUGACAACAAAGUGCUGUCUUUGCUGUUUGAUGCAUACCAAAUGCAGUGCACUGUUGGGAAACCCCAGGCUGAAGCUAAUGUUAAGUCUCUUAAUGAAUGGCAACACUUAACAAUGAUUUCAUCUCAUUCUACUUUCUAGUGUCAUUUGCAAAAUGUUCGACCACCUUUCUUUCCCUGCUCUGAAAACACUUCAUUAAAGUCUGCUUGGCAAAACUGAAAUAAACUAGGAGAACAAAUGU